AUGUCCCUCUCUCGAUCACCCUCUCCCCACCCGGGAGGAGGGUGGUCAAGUCCGGGUCUUACUCCCGGCAGUGGCACUUCGACCCCGCGCAGCGGUUUCCUCUCACCUAACUCACUCGGUCCCAGCGGCAUAUCCUGGGCAGCGGCUCGAGCGAAGAGCGACGAAGUUCGAGGAUAUCCGUCAUUCUCGACAAGGAAUAACGGGUUCUUCUCCAGGUCAAAACGCAAGAUCACAUCUAGCCUGCCUCGGUUUCGUAUGAAUGGUUCGGCGCGAAAUGGAUACGUUGACAAGGAUGAAUACUGGCGGGGGCAUAACUAUUCCGGGACAGGGUUGCGAUUCGGGUUCGCCAGGGGUUUGAUGCGGAGAAGGCGGUCGCGGGCCAUUUUGGCGCUGAUUGUCCUUUUCCUAGGAUAUUUGUUCUUCUGGACAGCUAUUGUCCAAAGUUACCGGCGAUCAUCCUUUGGCGGAGGACGCAAGUUCGUGAUCAUUCUACAAUCCAAUGUGGAAGGAGGGGUCAUGGAGUGGAAGGGAGCGCGCGAAUGGGCAGUCGAGCGCAACAGUAUCUCUAACAAGGAGGAGUACGCGAAGCGGUGGGGUUACGAACUGGAGAUUGUCAACAUGCUGGCCAAGAAGCGGUACUCGCAUGAAUGGCGAGAGAGUUGGGAGAAGGUCGAUAUCAUCCGGGAUGCUAUGAGGAAGUAUCCAAAUGCGGAGUGGUUUUGGUGGUUGGACCUAAACACUUGGAUCAUGGAGUACUCUUAUUCCCUGCAAGAUCAUAUCUUCGAUCGGUUGGGCGAACUGACUUAUCGCGAUGUCAACUUAUACAACCCGCUGAACAUCAGCCACCCCCCGACAGCACCUUAUCUGGAUGAACUAUCCCGCUCGGUGGAAGGAGACGGGAAUCCGUCCUCUAUCGAUUUGUUGCUGUCACAAGACUGCGGCGGCUUCAACUUGGGUUCAUUCUUCAUCAGACGCUCGCUGUGGUCUGAUCGACUAUUGGAUCUCUGGUGGGACCCUGUCAUGUACGAGCAAAAGCACAUGGACUGGGAGCACAAGGAACAGGAUGCGCUGGAGUAUCUGUACCAAAGUCAACCGUGGAUCCGCAGCAAUGUCGCCUUUACACCUCAGCGCUACAUCAACUCAUUCCCUCCCGGAGCUUGUGGUGAAGGCGACGAUCCCGACGUGCAUUACUCGGAGAAGGAACGUGACUUCAUGGUGAAUAUGGCCGGUUGUCAGUUCGGCCGAGACUGCUGGGGGGAGAUGUACCAAUAUCGCGAGUUCAGCAAGAAGCUCAACCGCACGCGAUGGCAGCGUUUGAAGGAUGGGCUGGGCGAACUUUACAGCAGACUACUGCCGAAGGAUGUCCAGGACAACCCGCAAGAACAACAGCAAUGA